UGAAGGCAUCACAUUUUCACCGUUAGUGCUGUGAUAUUGAGAGGUCAUACAUUUUCGAAAAUCGAAGAAAGAAAACCAGUACAGCCAGGAUGUCUGGAGAGCUGUCCCUCAACAUAAACAUCAAGGAGGCAAGAUGGGAUCAAGGCACUUUUAUGGGGCGCGCCAAGCACUUUUUCAUGAUCACAGAUCCCCGAAACGUCCUGCUGUCCUCUGAGACUCUGGAGGAGGCCCGAGUGAUCGUGGAGAACUACAGAGCCGGGAGCGUGAAGCCUGGCCUGACGGAGGAUGAGCUCUGGAGGGCCAAGUACAUCUACGACUCUGCCUUCCAUCCCGACACAGGGGAGAAGAUGUUUGUGAUUGGCCGGAUGUCUGCUCAGGUGCCAAUGAACAUGUCCAUCACAGGCUGCAUGCUCACCUUCUACAGGACUACUCCGGCAGUGGUGUUCUGGCAGUGGGUUAACCAGUCCUUCAACGCUGUCGUCAACUACACCAACCGCAGUGGAGAUGCCCCCAUGACCGUGAAUCAGCUUGGUGCAGCCUACAUCAGUGCUACUACUGGAGCUGUAGUCACUGCCCUGGGACUCAAGUCUUUAGCUACGCGUCUCCCUCCCAUCGUCAGUCGUUUUGUCCCCUUUGCUGCUGUUGCUGCUGCUAACUGUAUCAACAUUCCCUUUAUGAGACAGAGGGAGUUGAAGUACGGUAUCCCUGUGACAGAUGAGAACGGGAACAGGUUAGGAGAGUCCCCCAAUGCUGCUAAGCAGGCCAUCGUGCAGGUGGUGGUGUCAAGGAUCGGCAUGGCAGUGCCAGCAAUGGCUAUUCCUCCUGUCAUAAUGAACGCUCUGGAGAAGAAAGCUUUCAUGAAGCGGUUCCCAAUUCUGAAUGCUCCAGUCCAGGUGGGGCUCGUCGGUCUGUGCCUGGUGUUUGCAACUCCUCUGUGCUGCGCCCUCUUCCCACAGAAAAGCUCUAUGAGUGUGAGCGGGCUGGAAGCAGAUCUGCAGGAGAGGAUACGACAGACCAGUCCCCACACCACCACCGUCUACUUCAACAAGGGCCUGUAGGACCAGCCAACACAUCUCCAUGCACAAAGACACACAUAUACAUUGGUUGUCCAUUGAGCACAAGUGGGAGGGUAUAACAACAUUUAUGCAUUUUUGUCAUGUGUACUGCAGCAUUUUUAUUUUGACUGCAUGGAGCUGCUCCAAGUGUAACAGUGAAGGCCGCUGAUUGUUUGAUCAUUUGAAAAAGAGGAUUCAAGUAAGUGAAAGCAGAACCCUUUAAGAAGGAAGAUCACAUUUCGCUCAGCACAUAUAUGGCACUCCUAAGAAAGAAAAACUGACUGAAUUUUUUUUAAAAUUAUUAUUGUGGUGUGUUUCUUCUGUCUUCCUUUGUCUGCCUAUUUGGUGGCAGGUCAUGAAGUAACUGAUUUGUGUAUCACUCACCGGUAUUUCAUGUUGCAUUCAGGUUCAUGCAAAGUUGAAGCCCUUAAUUGUAACUCCGGUUUAAAAUGAAGGCUUGUGCUUUGUUGUGUUUGUACUUGCUUCUGAAUGUAACAUUUUUUGCCUUACAUCCCCCACUCACUUAGAUUUCCUAGUAUGAUUUUCAUUAUUUUGUUUAAGAAGUACAUAUUAUUUUAAGCUACACUGUCUAUAGCAUGUUAGGAUUCCUGCAAGUAUUUAAUCUCCAUCUUGUAGUUAGACUGGAAAAUCCAGUCCGUUGAUUAGCUCUAAAUAGUCCAACCCUUGAUGAAUAACGUCCUCCUAUGUUGUUCUCCUUGUUAACUGUUGCAGCUUCUUACCCUCUUCAGCUCUCCUUUAAGUGUACUUAUAUUCAAUUAUAUUCCCCUUCAUAUUAAAAAUAGGUGCUAAAUACACAUAGUUAAGAAAAUAUGUAGAAAUUAUACUGCAAAAGCUCACAAAGCACAUCCAUAGAGUAUUUCGGUGAACACUAACGAGUGUGGUUUCUGUCAACAUAAAUAUGUACUGUUGCCAUGGCAGCGGCAGCCUGUUUUUCACAGUCUUUUUAUUCACGUGAGAUCACUUUAUGAAGUAGCGCAGUCGCUUUAUUUAGUGGCGAGUUAUUUGCUUGUUGUAGGUGGUGGUGCUUGUUUGGUGGUUGUGUCAGGUGGAGGAAUAUAUUGUGUUGUCUCUACAUGUUGUUGUUAAGAGGAAAUGCUGUGACCUGAGAUUCCUUUUGAGUUUGGCCAUUUGUGUGUGUAAAUGCACCGAAGUGCAGAAGAAGGAUGACAAUUUAUUGCUGUUGUCAUGUGAAAGCUUUGUAACUCAGAUUUAGUUGGUUUUAAUGUCCAUGCUUGAACUGGAGGACUGCAUGAGCAGGUUAUAAGAGGUCAAAGCUGUCUAAUUUCAGUUCCUUAAAAUUAGAGAUUAAGGGGUUUGCGUGCAACAGCUAGCUAGUCUUCUGGAAAACUGUAGCUUGCACUUGAGUCAUUAUCCCAUUGUACCAAAUGAACGUAGCUAAUGUUGCGUGACAAAAUACUAAAUGCUUAUUUGCAGGUCAGGGUAGUGGGUAACAGUGUGCGCUCUUUGUUGUUGCUUCGUUUAAGUGGACAGCUUGGCUCAGUUUGAGCUUCUCUGAUCAAAUUCAUUGACUUUGUUGACCAAAUGCUCCAAACACAUGACUGUCCAGUGUGGUUAGUUAGUGAUGAUAGUGUACGUGAGAAAACAGAAGUUGUAUCCCAGUAUGCAAGAAUAAGUAUAUAUAUAUAUAUAUACACAUACACAUACAUAUAUGUUGAGCGGACCUAAAGAUGCAUGAAUGUCUUUCAUCUGGUGACAUAAACAACAAGGCUAUUUUGCUAAUCUAAAUCUUGUUUAUUUGAAUCGUCUGUAGUGUUAAUGAUUGAUUAAAAUGAAAUCCACCGUUGCUGGUGUGGGGGUUGAACUUUUUUUGGCUGCAUCUAUAGUUUGCUUUUCUGAAAUUUGAAGUUCAAUCAUUAAUUUAAAAUAACUGAUUGUGGGUGUAAAGCAACUGUAGCAACUGCACACCUAUUGCAUUUUACAACAAUUGUAUUUUUAUGAAUCAACUUGAGUGCAGACAGAAAUACACAAUGGUUGUGUUUAUACGUGAUCCUAAAAUUGAAGGGUUUCAUUGCAAAGUGCAAAGUCCAAAAGUUGCCACCUGAAAUUCACCACAUUUUAUAAACAUCUACAACCCUAUCCUGAAAGAAAACUUCUUGAUACGACAACUCUUGUUUUGCAUGACUGUGGAUUAUAGGGUGACAUCGGCCUUUAACGUGGAUGUCGUCUUAUUCUUUUUAAAUGACAGAUAUCUCAUUUUGGAAUGAAACUCUUUAUUUCUCAUUUAACACCCUGAAUAACAAUCAAACUAUUUCUUAAUCGAGGCAUUGUUUUCUGUCAUCACUGCUGAUGGUAGUUAUUGUGUGUUGUGUUUGGGGUGUUUUCCUGCUGAAGGUGAAACUGCAUUAUAUAACCUUUGCUGUGCUGCUGUAGGAGCUAGUGUAUGCUGUUUAAAAGGAGCUAUUUGAAAUGUAUAAUAAAGAUUGUAUUUGUUUAUAGUACUGGAUAAUGCUGAAUGAUCUAUGGUCAUGUUAUUGCUUAUUCAUAAUUAAUUCAUUUUCUGGCAGUUUUCAUUGCUCAUAACCAAGCAGAUUAGUUUCUGCUGCUUUCCUUUAGUCUUCUUCUGCUCUUUGAAUUACGGCGCAAAAGUGUCAAGAACAAAACUGGAGGGUUUUAGUCGACAUUUAAACCCAUUUGUAAACAUGUAUCUCAGCUUGUGACUAAUGUACCACCAUAACAUUUUGCACCUAUAGAUCUAGCCAAAGAUGAGACGGGUUUGAAAUGUACAGGAUAGAGGAGAGGGAAUGUUUAGCUUUUAAAGUUUUCAUUUCAGCUUUAUCAUAUGGACCUUUUGCCAGGCAUUUCUACAAAAAAGAACAUGUUUUUGUGGUCCUCAACCUUGUCAGUGCAAAACUCAACAGCACCAAAAUAUUCAAGAAAGUCAUUAUGUUAUUAACACAAAAGGUCAUAUUUUGUUAUCCAUUUUAUUGACAUAUUUAUAAUAAACUUGUCUUUUCACCACAUAACACUGGUGAAUUCUGCCGCACUGGUUGAGAAUCCACUCAUUUCAAACUGGUUGUGCAUGCCAUUAAAAGGUCAAAUCUUUGCAUACUGAAGGCACAAAUGUAAAGACAAUCUGUUAUUGUUACACUCCCAAGAAUGUUUUGGUUAUAUACAUAUGUACAACUUAAAUACAUGCAGUCCUGUCAGUAUUGGUGCACAGUGUUUUCUCCCUCUAUUUUGUAUUGUGUUGAAAUAUAUUUCCUUGAUGUGAAAUGUAUUUUACUCAAGAGCAAUAGAAUAAAAUGUGUAACAUGA